GAUGUUGAUACACAGAAAGGAAACCAAGCGUCGCUGAGCUCGAGCUGUGUGAAAAAAGCUACAAGACGAAAAGAAACCGUUUAUAUUAAAGGGCUGGUAACAGUUGUGCAUUUGCCUGUUAUUGGAGCCAUGGGCCGCAUCUUUUUGGAUCACAUUGGCGGGACGCGGCUCUUUUCCUGCGCUAACUGUGACACCAUCCUGACCAACCGCUCUGAGCUCAUAUCUACACGCUUCACGGGUGCCACAGGAAGGGCCUUUCUAUUCAACAAGGUGGUGAAUCUGCAGUACAGUGAAGUGCAGGAUCGCGUGAUGCUGACCGGCAGACACAUGGUUCGUGAUGUGAGCUGUAAAAACUGCAACAGUAAGUUGGGCUGGAUCUAUGAGUUCGCCACUGAGGACAGUCAACGUUACAAAGAAGGUCGUGUGAUCCUUGAGAGGGCGCUGGUGAGGGAGAGCGAGGGCUUUGAGGAGCACGUGCCCUCCGACACAUCCUGAUGGGAGUUCAUCUCUCAUAUCCGAGCUCAUCUUCUCUCUUUCAUACAUGUAUUCAGGCUUUGUGAGGAUCUUUCAUCUGUGUUUUUUUCCUCUAGCACACAACACAAGCUCUUCAGAUGUUGUUCUCUGACACUGAGUUAAUAAUUACAACAACAAAAACCAUGCAUAUCAGUGUCUAAGGUAAAGAUUUGUGAGAUGACACAAUCUCUUCCUUGUUUAAUUGGUAACAACAACACAGCAUUAAAGUCAAGACGCUGGCUUAGAAGGCCAUUAGAAACAUCUGCUCAUCAAAUGCAUUGUUAGGUUGUAUUUUAACCCUAGCACUCCAUCAUAGUGUGUAUAAUGUUCAACUUUGCACAAUUUAGGAGAUUGAGCAUGAAAUAUAUGCGCUGAAAGAUGUCUCUAUUGAUGAACUGUGGGUUUCCCUUUAUAUUUCAAGCAGGUUUACAGUAUACCUGACCCGUAAAGACUACUGAAGCUUUAUUUUUGUGUAAAUAACUGGUUUAUUUGGGUUGACCUUCUAUUUGAGCUUUGGGUGAGAUGGCCCCUCAAGGCUUCUCCAGUUUCUCUGAGUCGUGUGACUUUUUUUGAAAACAAUGCGUUCGGCAUUUCAGUCCAAAAGGAUUUGACAAGCCUUAAAUCCUUUCUGGUUGAACAGGGUUUAUGUCAUAAAGAUCUAGUGAACAUGACCACAUUACCAGCAUUUAAACCGUUCAGAAAUGAUCUGUCUUUAUUCAUUAUGUGAUCAGUUAAAUUGCAUGUGCAAUAGUUUAAGUGUGCACACAGCAGGCUUAAAUAAAUCUGCACUAUGCUUUAUCACAGAAG